GCAUGGCUCACGCUACGGUACGCCAUUUGUGUCUAGCAUCAAAAAGCGCGGACAGUGGAAAUAAGCAUAUAACAAGAGGAUUCUGACCCAGCUCUGAUGAUAGCGAUCAGCUUCACUGUUGUGUGUAAUCAUAGCAGGAUAUGAUAUGGAUGAAACAGUGAUAUCAGGAGAGGAAGCCAUUGAGGAGAAAGUGGCUGAAAAUAACAUCAGUGGGCAAGUGCAUACAGAUGAUGUGGAAAUGGAGGAAACUGCAGGAGACUCGCCCAGUGCUGCUGAGCUCGAUGAAGCAGAUGAAGAAGUCAUUGAGAGACCAAGUCCGAAUUCUGCACCUAAAGACGGCGACAACCUCUGCACAGUUUGUGGCUUCUCAGCCAAAUGCCCGAGAUCACUGAAGAUCCACUUUGCACGAAAGCACGGAAAGAUGUCUGACAAAGCUGCACAACCUUUGGAGAAAAGUGCAAAUAUCUCUAAUGUGAGUCCUGCUGAAAUCCAGCAGGAGGCAGACAUGGAGGCAGAGAGUGGCGCUGAGGUUAAACAGGAACAAGAUUCUGAUCGUGAUGAACUGAGAUCAGUCGCAAGUGACAAAGGCACAAACAUGAAGGAUGUAACUGAAAAGCAAAGUGUAUUAGACAAACAGCAGGUAGAGCAAGAAGGAACAAUCCCUACACAAGAGAGAAGAGUGAGCAAGCGAAUCCCAAAACCAAAGAUUAUUCAUUCCUGCAACUACUGUGGGCAAGAGUUUAGGGACAAGGCUCCUCUAGAUGUUCACAUCCAGAGAUACCACACCAAAGACACCCCAUAUACAUUUGAUGCUGAUGAAAGCAUAGAUGACAGGGAGGAGGCUGUGGAUCCUGGCAGUAGCAUGAAGGCUACUUCAACACGAGUGACCCCCAAACGCACCCUCAGCAGGUUCCAGCUGAAGUGCGCAAACUGUGAUUUUAGGGUCAGCACAGCUACGCUGCUGGAGAACCAUGCUCGUGUCAAACACCUUGACCAGGACUGGUACCGUUGCAAAUUGUGCAACUUUCUUUCUGCCACAUCUGAGUGGAUGGAUUCUCACCUGUCCUCAGAUAGCCACAUGCAGCAGCAGGAGAAAGAAAGCAAGAGCUCAAAAUCUGAAGUAUAUGUCGACAGGGUAAGCAGAGAUGGUGCUGGAGAUGGUGCUGUUAUAGAUGACGUAGCUCAGAUGCUCGGGGGAGAAGGGGUAGAUACGUUGACAGGAGAAGAACAGGAAACCGACGAGGCAGCUGAGGCUGCCAAAGCCGUGUUAGCUGAGGAGGAAGAGUUAGAGCUGGGACCUCCCAGUAAGAAAAGAGGAAGACCAAAGCAAGGCUCCACAACCACAUGUGGAUACUGUGGCCUGGUGGUGUCCAACGCCACCAACCUCAGUGUUCAUGUUCGCCGUAAACACAGCAAAGAUUAUGGCUACAGCUGCACUCUGUGCAACUACAGCUGUGUGACCAAAGGAGACAUGGAUCGUCACUGUUUAACAAAGAAGCAUGUUAGACGUGCACAAGAAUGCACAAGUAAGAACCCAAUCACAAAUCACAUAAGUACAUCAAUUCAGGAAACCAAGGAGCCGAAUACCACCGUAGAGACCACCGGCACAGAGGAAGAAUCUGAUGACACAACUUCCAAAGAACACGGUGGAGACGAGCAAACUCAGCCAGAGGCAAACCAGAAAAAAAGUAAAUAUGACUCUGUCAAUGCCUGCAGCCUCUGUGAUUUUGUUGCUCAAUCUAUUCCGUCCCUCCAUCUUCACGUCAAGAGAAAACACACCAGAGAUUUUGAGUAUGUCUGUUUAGCGUGCAGUUACUAUGCUGUAACAAGCAGGGAAAUGUCCCGCCAUGCAAGCACAGAGAAACACAAGCAGAAAAGUCAGAAAUAUCUGGAACAAAAAGGGAGCGAAGGACAAAGAGCCUUAGCACUCCCUCUAAAGCUGAAUGAUAUCACGGAGCUUCCUGCAGCAAAUUCUAACCCUGAAUGUGAAUCCGUGAGUCCCGCAGAAGUGUCUGAAUCCUGUCCCAUAGACAGUCAAUCUGUGGAAGGCCAGAAUACACCUGCGCCCUGUGUCACCACAGAGCUGGUUAAUGAUGUGCUUGUAGGUGGAGAUGAGAAGCAAGCAAAUGCAAUUACAUCUCCUGCUUGUGGUGAACCAGAGAUGACCAUUGAAGCGACUGAGCUAACAGCAGAUUCUGAAGCCCAGCAGGAUGAAGAAUGUCAGCUUUCAGUCUCUGAGUUGGCACAGCCAGAGAGCCAGGAACAAGAGGGUAAACAAGCAGAUGAUGAACAUUUAAAGGUAGACGUUAUGACUAGAGACACACAAAUGUCCAAAGCCCUUCCCUUUGAUGCCUGUAUUGUAUCUGUGAAGUUCCUAGCUGAGCAGGAGCAGGCUGCACAGGAAGGCCUGUCUCUGGAAGGUGAAGCCACCAUGAUAUGUUUGACUGGAGGAUCACCAGUGACCUCUGGCUUAGUGUCUCCCAGCUCCGCAUACGUCAAGAAGCUCAAACCCAAGGAAGCAAAGGUGAGGGAGGAAACCAAAGGAAGCAACUCUCGCAUACGCUGCGAGGACUGCGGAUUCAUGGCGGACGGCAUCAGCGGCCUCAACGUCCACAUCUCGAUGAAGCAUCCUUCCAAGGAGAGGCAUUUCCACUGUUUGGUCUGCGGCAAGUCCUUCUACACCGAGAGCAACCUGCACCAGCACCUGACCAGCGCUGCCCACCUUCGCAACGAGCAGAACAGUGUGGAGGAGCUGCCCGAAGGGGGCGCAAGCUUCAAGUGUGUCAAGUGCACGGAUCGAUUUGAAUCAGAGCAGGAUCUGUUUUAUCACAUCAAGGAGAAACACGAGGAGCUCCUGAGGGAGGUCAACAAGUACGUGCUGGAGGACACGGAGCAGAUCAACCGCGAACGGGAGGAGAACCAGGGCAACGUGUGCAAAUACUGUGGCAAGGUGUGCAAGAGCAGCAACUCUAUGGCCUUCCUGGCACACAUUCGCACUCACACCGGGUCUAAGCCCUUCAUGUGCAAGAUCUGCAACUUCGCAACCGCUCAGCUGGGAGACGCCAGGAACCACGUGAAGAGACAUCUUGGCAUGCGAGAGUACAAAUGCGACAUAUGUGGGUGGGCCUUUGUUAUGAAGAAACACCUCAGCACCCAUCUGCUGGGAAAACAUGGAGUUGGACAGCGUAAAGAGAGGAAGUUUGAAUGUGAGUUGUGCGAGCGCUCCUUCAGCGAAAAAUGGGCCCUCAACAACCACAUGAAACUGCACAGUGGAGAGAAACCAUAUAAGUGUGCCUGGCCAUCCUGCCACUACGCCUUCCUCAACCUGUCAGCCAUGAAGGACCACUACAGGACGCACACGGGAGAAAAGUCUUAUUUAUGUGACCUGUGUGGUUUUGCGGGAGGCACCAGACAUGCCCUCACCAAACACAGACGCCAACACACAGGAGAGAGGCCCUUCAAAUGUAAGCUCUGCAACUUCGCCUCCACCACGCAGUCCCACCUAUCACGGCACAAACGUGUUCACACCGGGGAGAAACCGUACCGCUGCCCCUGGUGCGACUACAGAUCCAACUGUGCAGAGAAUAUCCGAAAGCACAUACUCCAUACGGGAAAACACGAGGGCGUGAAGAUGUACAACUGCCCCAAAUGUGACUAUGCCACCAACUCUCCGAUGGAGUUCCGCAACCACCUGAAGGACAAUCACCCUGAUAUUGAGAACCCAGACCUCGCCUACCUGCACGCAGGUAUCGUUUCCAAGUCCUUUGAGUGUCGUCUGAAAGGCCAGGGGGCUACAUUUGUGGAAGCAGAGGAUAUGGGCUCCCCUUUGCACAGGAAAGACUCUUCUGAGUUAUCGGGCCAUGACGAGAUCCAACAGGUCAUCAUCAUCCAGGGCUAUGGUGAUGGAGAGGUAGCUAUCGACCAGACCCUCGAGGAGUCAGCCGCUGCCACCCUGCAGACGCUGGCCAUGGCCGGCCAGGUGGCCGAGGUGCUCCACAUCACUGAAGACGGACAAGUCAUAGCCUCGGGCAGGGAAGUGGCAUCCGCAGGAGCCCACCUGGCUGGAGGCAGCACCCAGUACGUGGUCUUGGAGUCAGGGGAGGCCAGAAAGGAGUUUCAGGCUGUGGCCAGAGGAGGGGUAGCAGUCGCAGCUGCUGGUGGACAAAGUCACAUUGUCUCAGAGUCCUCCACAGCUCUCGAUGCUCUGCUCAGCGCAGUCAGCGAAAUGGGCCAUCAGGAGGAAAUACAAGGAGAGGCAGCCAUCGUUCAUGAGGUCUUGACCCCAGAGAUAGCUGAGGCUGUGCAGAGUGAAGUGCAGGGGGAGGGGAAGCAGGAGGGGGAGGAGCAGGUGCAGGUCAUCCAGGGGACCGGCCAGGAGGACAUGCAGGAAGUGCUGCAACUCGCCGCGUCCCAGAUGAUGAAGGAAGGCCUGACCCAGGUCAUCGUCAAUGAUGAGGGCACGCACUACAUUGUGACUGAGCUGGACAACUGCACCUUACAGGUGGAGGGAGAAGUGUAUGGAGAGGCCGGGACAGGUGACGGGGAGGUGCACCAGGCGGAGCAGCAGACAGGAGAAGAGAUAGUGGUGUACCUGGAUUGAGCUGCUCGCAGUAUUGUCCUGGAAGGGUAGAGGAGAGAGACAUCCCUGAAAGAUGCACAUUGGGCAUUUUAUUUCACUUCCCCUGUUUAGCUAUGUUAAAGCUCACGUUAGCCCAGAUGUUGUGUUCUGCAUUGUCUCUGUUUAAUUUCACCCUGCUUCAUUCACUUCGUACAUCACUUCUACCAUCUUCUCUUGGGCUACACUGAACUCAGGUUAAACAUCGUUUAUUCAAAGCGACAGUAAAGGAAAAAGGUUUUGGUGCUAAGUGAGCUAACCUGCAAUCCACACAGCCGCCAAGACUGCUUUAAUUAAUUAAUGCAACUUAAGGAAAUGAAUGAGUACACAUUGUCAUGAAAUAUUUUUACAAUGCUUCUAAUGUGCUAAGAGUUAAACAAGUUAUUAUAAAGAAAGUCUAUCUUUUCAUUUAUAACAGAGCUAACAGGUUUUUUUCUUGCUUUUUGAUUUCUUUGUGGUACAUUUAUGUUGCAACCUAAAGUUUUUCUAUAGCAAAAUAGAUGUUUUUUUCCUUUUGAUAACGCAGUGGUUUAAUUUGUGUGAGCAAUCUUUUCUUUUUCUUCAAAUCCUUUGUGUGUGUGUGUGUACUAUUAGUUCCAAAUCAGUAAUACGAUGAAUGAUUUCCCAAAUAGACCUUAUACAUAUUUUCUGUGUAGCGAAAAGUAAAGCAAUGACAAUUAUACGUUUUAGAUUUUUGACAGUCCUUCAUUGUGUGGAAGGCCUGUUUAAAAAAACAAAACAGGAGUGCAGUUUCAUUUUUGAAAAUAAAGAU